CUUCUAUCUCACCGGUGUGUUGUUGUUGCCGGUGAAGCGAUCAGCGGGGAUCUAUGCCGCUUGGGGCCCCUCGACCAACGCCUGGCAAGCCGGUACCAGUAUACGACACGCUUCUACGAGGCGAACACCGUCGUCACACGUUCGCACUCAAAUUAUUUUAAUUUACCGGUUUUUUUUAACGUCCACCAACUAGUGCAUCAACCACGAGGAGAAUUCGUCACAUCCUGGGGGGGAUUCUGUUAUUGCCCUCCCCCUUCCCACUCACUAAUGUCAAAGCCCAGCCGCGAGUAAAGGGAACUGUGUGUAAUUCAAAUGGAGGAGUGAUACUGUGAUUGAAAAUCAGUAGAAGCAGACACGUGAUGUGACACUUGCCAGUGAAUGUGAACUUGGUUAAUUUGACGUAAUCAGUGCAUUGUGAUUGAUUGUGUGAAUAAUUGGGACUGUGGCUGGAGAUAGCUCACUGAUAACCCAACAAUUUCUGAAUAUCACCGAACCGUGGGUGCCUAAACUCUGGAUACAUCAAUGAUUGUGAACAAGUGACAUUGGUCAGUGAUUUAUUUGAAAUUGGUGAAUAUCAGUGACAAGUGUGACAACGGAUUAUUGGUGAUGCUGAUGAAUGUGAUUAGCAGUGAUCAUCACAACGAUCAUGAUACAUUGUGAUUGCUAAGGACAACGUGGUGUCUUUCAACUGGUGGACGAAGAUUUAUUUUCAAUAAAUUGUAUUGAAACUCAAUUAAACUGUCACCAAGUACAAGACUAGAUCUACCGUCGUCGCUGCACAAUCAGCAGACGUACCGACGGUCAUCAACAACGAUCAUUGAUGAUGACGUAAAUAUUGAAUUAGAGGAUAUUGAGAGGAGAGGUGUUACAUUACACACGGUGUACACCCUGGACAGAAGCGCAACGGGGCUGGGGGUGGUCGGGGGUGUUGUAGGUGGUGGUAGUGGCGGGGGUGGUCCGGGGGUUGUUGGAAUCUGCGGGCCACCUACCGGUUCACUGACGCCGACGGAUUAUGUUGCCGCGGCUUGCUAUCCACCUGGCUCGACCAUCACCCUGACAACUGGUGGUAAUCAUCCUCAGCCCCCUGGUGUCAUUGAUAAUAUGACACCAACGUCAGCUACUGGACCAACAGCAACAACGGGCCCCAAUAAUCCCGUUGCCAUGAGCCAACUUGGAACUGUUUAUGCGACUAAAAGGAGACGAAGAAAUGGGAAGAGCUUGAAACCACCGCAGAAAGACGGCGUGACCAAGUCAAAUCCAAGCAAACGACACAGAGAGAGGCUCAAUGCUGAAUUGGAUACGUUAGCGUCGCUCCUUCCAUUUGAGCAAAACAUUCUCAGUAAAUUGGAUCGGCUAAGCAUACUCAGGCUCAGUGUCAGUUAUCUCCGCACCAAGAGUUACUUCCAAGUUGUAAUGCACAAAGACAAAGAAGAAAAUUCACACCGAGACACUCACUACCGAGCCCGAGAACUGGCAGCCCUGGCAGCCUACGAUCAUCAUCACCUCGACGGAGAGAUGUUCCUCCAGGCAUUGAACGGAUUCCUGUUGAUACUGACUUGCGACGGAGAAGUAUUUUUUGCCACGCACAGCAUAGAGAGUUAUCUAGGAUUUCAUCAGUCUGACAUAGUCCAUCAAAGUGUCUACGAACUGGUCCACAGUGAAGACCGGGAGGAGCUCCAGCGUCAACUGAUGUGGAAUUCUUUUUUACCAGCGGAAAAUGCUAAUUUGCCACUUCACGAUGCCCUGUCCCUCCAACACUGUCACCUACUGGAGCGAAGUUUCACCGUUCGUUUCAGGUGUCUACUGGACAACACUUCAGGAUUUUUGAGAUUAGACAUUCGGGGGCGAGUCAAGGUUCUUCAUGGACAGAAUAGAAAAACAGAGGAGCCACCGCUGGCUUUGUUCGCCCUCUGCACACCAUUUGGACCGCCUUCGUUGUUGGAAGUGCCGCAGAAGGAGGUCAUGUUCAAGAGUAAACAUAAUUUAAAUUUGGCAUUUGUGUCAAUGGACCAGAGGGGGAAGAUGCUGCUAGGAUAUACAGACGCAGAGUUAGCUAACAUGAGUGGAUAUAACUUGGUGCAUUAUGAUGAUAUGGCGUAUGUGGCUAGUGCACAUCAAGAGCUUCUUAAAACUGGUGCCUCAGGGAUGAUUGCCUACAGGUAUCAAAUGAAGGACGGCGGAUGGCAAUGGCUGCAAACGAGUUCGAGGCUUGUGUACAAGAACUCUAAACCGGACUUUGUCAUAAGCACACAUCGACCUCUCAUGGAAGAAGAAGGUCGAGACCUCCUCGGUAAGCGAACGAUGGAUUUUAAGGUAUCGUACCUGGACGCAGGCCUAACGAACAGCUACUUCUCUGACUCGGAGAGUCUCACGGGUCCUUCCAUGGCAUCCACCCUCCCAGCUCAGCCGACGCCCCAGCGAGUGAAUCGUCGCUACAAAACCCAACUUCGAGACUUCCUCUCAACCUGCCGGAGUAAAAGAACAAAGCUCUCCAACCAAUCGCCAGUCUCUCCUCCGGCAACGCCGACGGUGGCAUCGGUGGACUAUCUAGCAGCUGAUACAAGUACCGCAGCAGCCGUAGCCGCAGCCUACAGUAAUCUCAACACAAUGUACCCAACUCCUUAUGCACCAGCAGCAGUGGCAACUACAGAUCCAUCCCUAACAACGUACAUAGGUCAUACGGGUAAUUACCAUCAGACACUCUAUCCCCCCACAGCCCUGGACAACCGCUACCUCACAGCGACUGAGAAUCUUUUCCAGUAUCGCCCCUUAGGAUCUUACUAUCCGGAAUACCACACACCAACCGCCUACAACGGUUUCAUUGACGUCUCCUUACCCACCUACGAUACCCACCAGUUGACCAAAACCGAGGACAGGCUGUACUGUCAACAAUUAGAAUCACCGAAAUACAGUUACGUUGAUACGAGACACCCGAACAGCGUUGGAGGAUCUCCCUACGCUGCCAGUCCUGUCACGACAGCUACUAUUCAUCCAAAUACCGAUAUCAACGUUCGAACUGGAAGUAGGCAUUCACUAGAGGGUGCUUCCUCGAGUAAUUCAGCUGGAAGUUCACCGGUCACUGCAGCUAACGGCGUCAGGACCCCCAAAAUGGAGGACGUGAAGCCGGAUGUGUACGGCAGCGAGGCACCUAGACAGACUGUCCUCAUGUGGGGACCACCACCAUCCAGAUCUCCACCCAGAAACAACGGAAGCUACAGCCCACCAACUCCACAUUCCACACACUCCUCGCAUUCCAAUAAUGCAAAUUCCAAUGUUGAUCCCCUCAAGAGUCUAGCAGAGAUGAACACCAUCAAUGGCGACUGCAAGUGGAAACAAGCGUCACCGACUAGUCAGACUGGACCCACCAGUCCCAGAGGGAAAUCACAACAACAUCAGCAAUACUCUGUCACUGCUGUGCAUUAUGGGAGCGGGGGAUAUACACAUCAUCAGGGACAUCAGCACGAGACGGGCACCGAGGUAUGGCAAGGAGUACAACACCAUCACUACCAGUACUAUCCUUACCACCACCCCGCACCAAGGCACACGCCCCACACAUCACCAUCGCCGGUGGUAACGGGGACAGGCACAUCCAUGUCCACGGUCCAGGAAACCAACAGCACCAACAGCGUCUUGUAUCAUCCGUCACAUCACGCAACCUCCUCGGCUGCCACAAUGGUACCAGCUGCCUCGCAGAUACCAAACCGGACGCCGGGAGUCCUCUGUUGUCCAUCUCUGAGGUGACCAAUACUCUGCUCAACCAGUAGCAAUAAUGUGACAGCGCAUCAGUCCAAUGAUGAUCAAUGUUACCAUGUUCGAUGAUUUAUUAUGUUUGUAUCAUAUUGGUAAUGUGAGAUUUAUUUCCUCUGUCAAUUUUUAUUCUCUCCUAUUUUGUUUGUUACGUUUUUUUCCAGAAUUGAAAAUUGCAUAUCAAAUUAACGCAAAUGUCACUGAUUGUCAGUAAAUGGGUUGUGAAAAAAGAGAAGUUGGAAAUUUGUAAAUUGAAGAACGAUUACUAAAAUAAUUUAAAGAGCACAAAUCAAUGGACAAAUUGGAAAACUGAAUAAGAUAUUGGGAUGCCCCUAAAGUGGAAUAAAAAAACUCAAAUCCUUUAAAUUUCCAAUAGCCCUAUAUUCCAAAACUGGCAAUAACUAAAUGAAUAAAAAAUGGCAUUUGGCGUUUACAUUUAUCGUUCUUGAAUGCUUCUCUCUUCAUCUAACCAUAGCAAAAAAAUUCGCCCUAUCUUCCUCUCUCUCUCUAUCUCUCACUCGUCAAAACAAUCAUCAAUUAUGUACAAUACAUCGUGCUUGUAUAAUUUUUCUACAGAAAAAUAAAAUACGUAUUCUGUGAUAUGUGUUAGAUAAAUUACAAAAACACAAUAAUCGUCAGAGACGUACAUGAUUUUAAUAUUUAUUAGUGUGAAAGUUAAAUGAUAGCUAGUGGCAUUCUUUUUCUCUCGUGAAAAUAUAAAGAGAAAAAUCACAAGAAAUCAUGAAACUUGUGAUUUUACAUCUCACAACGUGCGAAUGACUGGGAAAUAUCCAGAAUAAAUUGUUAGCCUGCAUUAUCAAUUCCCUCCCUCCUCUCCCUCUCCCCUCCCGGUCUUGCCAAUAUUUUGUUAAUAUGUUUGUAAUUUUUGUACUUAAUUAAUUUAUACACUAUUUAUGGGAAGAAAAAAAAGAAUGUGUUUAGGUAUUUAGCGAAGCUAGAUGAGCCUUCCAAUAUCUGUAAAAUAGUUCUCAUUUGCAAAGCCAAAGUAAUUCUUUGUUAAUUAACAUGAAUUGAUGUUCGUACUAUUUGAGGAAAAAAGCUAAUCGAUCGAUUUUUUUUUCAUUAUUUAUUGCUGUAAAUUUCGAUAAAUCUCGAGAAAUUGAUUCAAUUGACUUUGCAACUGAGUGCAAUGAGUUACUGUCUUUAGUACCUUCUUUUAAAGGAUUUAAUUGAAUUGUUCAAUUAAAUAGCAGCGUUGCAUUACGAAGGAGAAAAAAGUUUCUAGUAGUUAAUUAAGAAAUCGAGUCUAGUCCAUGUAUAAUGCGAAUUUAGUAGUCCUACUGUGCUCUUCCUGAGAACAACUUGCAUUAUUUUGGGGACUCAUGUGGGUAAUAAUGGGGGGGUAAUAGUGGAGAUGAGUGAUUAAUUAUUAUUAGACUUUCACUUCCGAUGCAAGGAUGUUCUCUUAUAAGAGCAUUAAUGUAUAUUGAUUGUAUAUUUACAACAUGAUAUUCAGUAAUGAGUAGAUCAAUUAUUGAUUUCUCAGCCUAAUUCACUGUAGAAUGAAAAUAAAUUACGAUUAUGAGUAUUUUGGGAUCUCACAGAACACUUCCUCAGUAAUCUUCUCAUUUCCCUUAAGAAGAUAUCCCCCAAAUUGUGUGAGAGUGAAGUCGUGAAAAUAUGGGAAUUAAGCAUGAAAAGUUUUUAGUAUUGAAUAGGAAAGUUGAAUGAAAAAUAUUAGAUUUUGGAAUAUCUGGAGGAGAGAAAAAUUUGUGUCAGUUCUCUCUAAGGAAGAGGUUCUUACACAAACUUUGCUAGCGGCCUUAGAUUCAGAGGUAUUCCUGGAAAACUUUGCGUAGAAAACAAUUGAUUGGAACGGUUUGACCCAUUCGUUAGAGAUAUUCAUUAAAUUAUGAACUGAAAAAUAUUCCACGUUUUUGGUAUUCAAUUUUGUGGAAGGAAAACAGAUAUUCUGGUUUUUUUUUUCAUUGGAUAUUUUUCAAAUGAUAUGCGUUUUUGCAACAUCUCCAGUUUUUCACUACUUCACUCCAAAAUUGCCCUUCAGUUUACAAUUGUUGCGUGCAAUUAAUUGAAUUUUCCCUUUCUAUAGUGCAACACCAUGAAUGAAAAAUCUGUAAUGACAAGAACUGCUCCCUUCCAUUGAAAUGAAUAAUAAAAGAAAAAUUGAAACGUAAACCGAACAAUGGUCUCUGAGAAAUCGUAAUUGUCAGUCGAAUCUCUAGACUCAAUGUUGAAUAAUAGUUAUACUGACAAAAAGAAUUAAAUAUGUAGGUAAAAUGUGAAAAAAUGGGAGUAACUGAAUUUGAGAUACUCUUGGUAAGGCUUAGAUUCGUCCCAACAAUUGUGACGAUAAUGACAUAUCAUUAAUAAUUAUUCAAUAUUCCAUGAGAAUCACUAUUCCCCUAAUAAUUCACACAAGAAUGUAUUUAUUUGAUACCCCUCCCCUAAUAAGAUUUAAUUGAUGAUAGAAAAAAUCGAUGAAAAAUCUAUUGUAUCAUAUCAUGCCAAAUUAAAAGGAAAAUAUGAAAAAAAAAUUGUGAAUUAUUCUUCAUCCAUUUUUACGUUCAAACUAAUUGAUUCCGUAGAGUCUAGUUAACAGUAUCCAUAUCGCUAAAUUUAAGAUCUACAAAAAAUGAAGAAAUAAAUUCGAAAAUGUAUCAAAUGUUUAUAUGAAAUAAAUUAUAAAAUGAUAG